GCUGGGGAAGUGGUUCCCGAUGCUUCGAUGGGCCCAGUGCACAAGAAUCGUGGGGAUUCGCUGUCGCAGUGGGAGAGCUUCCACAGAGUGUGGCGUCACAACAUCAAGGACAUGUUUGACGAAGAGAUGGACGCGGCAGCGCAGCCUGACUUGUUCACAGAUCCUUUAGUGGUCCUCCCCAAGACCACGCAGGGCCGCUUGGGCGAGAUCUUUGAUCAGCACCCGUGGUUGGGCGUGAACAGGGUCCGCAACAUCACGAAUCACCCGGUCAUGUUCCCACUCUUCGAGGAGUGGCGCCAGGACCGCUACCCGGACGUGAGGCCGUUUGGGGAGAGGCCUCGGAGGCACACCAAGCAGCAUUGCGAGUUCUUGCAAGAGAUGAUGGAAGGUGACCUUGAGGAAUCCGAAGAUGAGCCGGCUCGGUCCACGAGAGCACCCACACCCGACGCCACGGAAGAGGUGGCAGCGCUUGCAAUCGAGGAUUAUGAGGAGGCGGAUCAUGAGAACGAUGGGUUGAGCGAUGGAGCUGCCCUCAGCGAUGAGGGUAUGGACCGGGGUGACUUGGAAGACUUGGGCGGCGAGCCCGAGAAUGAAGGAGACCAUGAUGAUGAGGACGAUGACUGGAAGCGGUGGGAUGAUGUGGAGGACGAGUUCGCAG